UGUGUAAAUAAUCAAUUAGGCACCCCCUAAUGCCGUUGAUGCAUUGUGAUUUCUUUGAAAGUUAUAAUCCGAUGGGUUUAAUUGACACCGUAAAGAAUAGUUGAGAAAAUAUAUCAGGCCACAAUGCGAUCUACGAUCGUUUUUAUCAAAAUCACUAUGGUAUAUGUAUAAUGAAAUAUAUAUUUACGUGGUGAUUAUGACUACUUUACAAUGUAUCCUUGGAUUGUUGUUCUGCAUUCUCAGGAGCCUUGGAGCACCUAAAGAAUGCCUACUUCACAUGGAAAUGUGUGUUCCCAAAUGUCCGCCGGGUAUGGUCGCGUAUCAUACUCAGUGUGAUAAAGAAACCAUGUCGCAAAGGACCUGCGACAAUCCAGAGUCCACAAAUUUAGGUAUCACUUGCGGUUGGUCCAGAUGCGAUUGUAACAGUUCUCUUAUUUUGUUGGAUGAUGGCAGUUGUGGCCCCUAUGAGAAAUGCUUCCCACGACCUUUGAUGUUUGCAAUGCGUGGAGUACAGCUAUGGAAAAGCAAUGUUGGCGCAUUUGGACAUUCUAGAUAGAAGGGUCCACUGAACUUAAGAACACUAUUGUUAUAAAAGCUGAAUUUGACAAUAAUUUUAUAGUAAUGGUAUUAUUUAUUUUAUAAAACGGAACACAAGACAGCGAAGAAAAACCAUUAACAGAUUUAUGUAUCGCUGCCAUCACAUGCUAUCAGGCGUCUAACAAUAUAAUUACUGACCAAUACUUAUACGUAUCUAACAAUUUACGCAACUUACACUUAAGAACUAAUAUCUUUAACAAUGUGAUAAAUGAAUUGACUUAAGGAUCGUUUUACAAUUUUUUGGUUUACCUAUAAGUUUAUCAAAAACGUCACUUGGCAUUUUAUUAAGGUAGUAAUGGUAACAUAUAUCUCCAGACACGCUUUCCAUAGUUGUUAUUGUAUGGAGGAAGAACAUACCUUGGUAGGUAAUUUGUAUUACGCAAUUUACCGAUUCUUGUCGUUUGUUUUAACAUGUCAAUUUUAUCUAUUUCAUCACAAAUUAUAUAUAUAUUUAUUUUACUAUAUACGCACUAAGAUUUUACAGUAUUUAACAAACCUUUUUUUUCCAAUAUAGCACUAGAAUACUGUAAUGAACAUGUUAUUGUUAUCA